CAGCUCCUGGCCAUCUCUUGCUUCUUACCUCUACUCUGCCCACUUGAGCUCCAGGUAGGCACCACUGGCCUCUUUAUUGCUUAAAACCUAUCUAUUAUUGCUUAAUAGAUUCUCCAGCAGAGAACCCAGCUCCAUGGUAAAAGUCUGUGAAAUCUCCCUCAGUGUUGAGCUGUAAAACCAGAGAUAGAAACUGCUGGGAAGGUUGGGCAUUCCAACUGUUCAAGAGGUAGGGGCAAGAGGAUCCUAAGUUCAAGGCCAGCGUGGACAACUUAGCAAGAUUAUGUCCCUAAAUAAAAAGUAAAAAGACAGUGGGAGUGGGUCCAUGGAUAAAGUCACUUGCUGCCAAGUCUGAGGACUUGAGUUCCAUCCCUGGGACCGGCAUGAUGGAUGGAAGGCGAGAACCAACUCCAUGGAGUUGUCUUCUGACCUCCCUAUGUGUGUCGUGACAGUCACAGGUCCGUCCACGAGUACAGAGAAAGAAACAAACAUAAUAAAAUGAUUGUAAAGAGAAUGCUGGUGGCAUGGCUCAGUGGUAAGGCACUUGUGAGGCUCAGUGUUCAGUACCUAACACCAGAAAAAAAUAAAAGCACCCUAAGACAUUACUGGGUGGGAAGAGUUCUCUACACCCAGGCACACAAGCCGGUGGCUUCUCUGGCUGUCUGCUCUAGACUUCCUGAAGCUGGGGUGCUCAUUAAGCCUCCCAGCUACAGAGGGCUGCAGUCCUUCUAUGUUCUGCCCCUUCCCACCUUCCUUAUACCCAAAUUUAGGGAAGGAGAGAUUCCCUUUCUGUCAUUGAGAUCUUGGCUUCACACUAAUUACAUCUGGGUGAUCUUAGGCAACCCUCUUAAUUUCCCAGGGUCUCAGUUUCUUCGAUGGGAUGCUGAUAUUUGGGCAUUCAUCUGCGUUCCUCUCACUGGUCAGGCCACAAGGAGGAUUAACUCAAACAAUACUCGGAAGAUACGCUGCUAGCAUGGAUGAAAAACUUGGGCUCCUUGUCACAAUGGUUCUGCCACCUGUCCUUGCCUUGCCCACCUCCCGAAUCUCUCUCCUCUUAUCUCCUCCUCCUCCUUUCUUAAAAGACAAGGUCCUCAUGUAGCCUUGUCUGGCCUUGAACUCGCUCUGUAGCCAAGAAUGACCUUGAUCUCUCCAUCCUCUGCUCCAGAGUGCUGGGAUAUCUGGCUGGUGUGGUGUAGGGCUUCAUGCAUGCCAGGAAAGCUCUCAACACUGAGCCAUGCCCCCAGGUUUAUUCUGUCCUUUACAGUCCUCCAGAUCCAUGUGAGGCUGUGAGGCUUCAUUCAUAUAAAGCACGCUCCAUCACCAACCCCAUUAUCUAGAACAUUCCAAGAGCUGCAUCUUGCUGAGUCUCCUUUAGCCCAAAUUAAAUCCUGGACAGUUUGCAUCACAUAAUCUAGAACAGAUCAUGGCUCACCUGUUCUUAUUUAAGAGGCUUAAAAAUGGAAACGUUUGUUGCCUCUGGGGUGUGGUAGGAUGAGGUGCUGCCCUUCGCCCUAUGGGAUUCUGCCGAUGCCCUCUGUCCACCACGCCUGGUGCCUCCUGAAGUCCUGACUCACCCCAAGAUCAAAGGUUUCCUAAUCUCACUCUUCAGUUUACUCUUUCAUUCCUGGCCAUUGCUCUAGAGUUUCCUACACCUGUCCGUGACAGGCUGUCAUGGUGCCCAGGACAGGAAAGAUCUGAAGAUGGACCAUGGCAAUCUGGGUUUUGUGGGCUACUCCCUUUCCCCUCCAGGAACCCUAAACAGCUGAGGUUUGAAUUUCAAAAUUACAUCUUGAAGCCUGAGAAGCAGUUUGGCCAAUAAAAGAGAGAGCAGAGAUUGCCAGGGAGGGGGAAGGGAAGCACACAGACCCAGAGAUGGGCUAUGGGUAUGGGGGGGCCCACUGUGGGAGAGGAGAGCUGGGAUGUGGGGAGCAGAUGAGGGGGCUCAUACCUGUUUCUACCUCAAACCAGAUCCACCCUGUUCUGAUUCCUGUUACAUAUUUAGGCUCAGGAAAUUCCAUCUGAACAAAACAAUUCAAAACCUUAAAACAGCUUCAGAGGCCAUAGCCCUGGUUGCUGGGGAACCAUAGAAGACAUAAAGUCGGGACUAGGGUGGACUUGGGGUUUAGAAAUGAAGCUUUCUGGAAGUUUCCACAGAGAAAAAAAAAUCCCAAAACAGGAUGUGCAAAGGCACCAGGGCAGGGAGGAUGGGGUGUGACUAGGGAACCCAAAGUCGUGGGGUGAAUGGAAUGCAGGGGAGAGGACAGCCAUGGGGUGGGGGUGGGGCCCGGAGGGGCCUGGAUGCUAGCAGGAUGGGUGAGGCCGCACUGCGCCGCCGACCGCUGGGUCGGGAGGCUGGGGAGAGGCUCCAGAGGGGCAUGAUGGGCCGCAGAAGAGUCUGGGACAGGGAGGUGUGAGGUGGGUACUGACAGGCCAUGGAGACACCAGGAAAAGUGGGAAGCAGGGCUGUGGAGAGAGGCCACAAGAGGAGGAGGAGGAACUGAAGCCCGUCCAUGUCCAGAGUGACAGUGCUGAGCUCCAUGCAGAGGAGCUGCCGCCCUGGGCACCCCCACCCAGCCCUGCUUCACCACUGCACGGGGUUCAAGGCCACGCAGAAGCCCCACACCUGUCACCGCUCAGGAGGAAUGGCCUGGCCUAGGGCUGGUGGACACCGAGAGGGAUGCUCAGAACAAGAAAACCUGGGUCCUGAUAGGCCGCCUGGCCACAGAGGAGAUCGGUGGAGGCAGACAGGUAUGCAGAGAACAGAAAAGGUAAGAAUGCCCAGGGAUUCACUGGGGGAGUGUGUGAGCCAGAGCGUGGGGCCUGGGUCUAGUCUGAGGGAGGAGGUCUGGACCCCUGCAUCUGACCAAGAAAGGCUGGGUCUAGACCCACAGGUCCGAGGGAGAGGAAUUUCACUUGUGCCAGGGAGGAGACAGGCACAGCCUGUUUUAAAUACGGGUGUGGCAUGGGGGGGUUGUCGGGUUUGCAGGAGGGCCAGGGAUCAAGGCGCUACCUCUCCCUCCACGGGACCCAAGACUGUCUUAGCACCUUUCCGGUGCAGUCAAUGCCAGACGCAGGGACCAGCCAAACCCGCUGUACCAGUUAGGCACCCCCGUGUCCCCCUCCCCAUCCUCUCCUUCCCCUGCAGUGUCUCCCGCAAGGCCCAGCCCAAGAAAGGGUGCGUAGGCAGACUCAAGUGGGAGAACAGGACGCCCCAAUUCCUGGCUCAGCCUUCCACCUCCUGCCUCCUGGCGGCCCAUCCCUGCCCCACACCCCUGCCUUCAGGGGCCUGUGCUUCCUCCUUGUCCCUUGGUUCCCCAAAACCUGUUGCUCCAAAGUUCCACCUCCCUCUUUCUUCCUGUUCCCUGUGCACUCUGAGUUACUCACUAGAUGCUCUGCAGAGCAUCUGCUGUGUGCCUGGCCCUGUUCACGGCUCUUGGACGGACCGGGGGAAGAAAUGAUAAUGGCCCAGAGAGGCUGAGGCAGGAGGAACCCUGCAAGGUCCAGGCCAUCUGGGGUACUUAGUAAAUUCCAAACCACGCAGAGCUCUGGAGUAGGACUUAGUCUCAAAAAAUUUAAAACUUCCAACCAGGAGGUGGAGACAGAAGGAUAGGGCAUUCAAGGUCUGCUACAUGGUGAGUUCUAGGCCAGCCUGAGCUACAUGAGACCCUACUUAAAAACAAACAAACAACAACAACAACCACCACCCCCCGCCAGCGGGGAUGGAGAGAUGGCUGCAUGGUCCAGAGCAGGUAUUGCUCUGGCAGAGGACCCAAGUUCAGUCCCCAGUGCUCAUGUGAGGUGCCUCUUUCUUUCUUUCUUUCUUUUCUUUUUCUUUUUUUCUUUUUUCUUUUUUCUUUUUCCAGACAGGGUUUCUCUGUGUAGCGUUGGAGCCUGUCCUGGAUCUCGCUCUGUAGUCCAGGCUGGCCUCGAACUCACAGAGUUCCGCCUGGCUCUGCCUCUUGAGUGCUGGGAUUAAAGGCGUGCGCCGCCACCACCGCCCGGCCAUGAGGUGUCUCUUAUCCACCUGCAACCC